UUAAACGUGGUAUUAAUCCAUGGCAAACAAAAUACCGUGUCUGGGCUGAAUGUUUACCUCCGAAUGAGAGGGCAGGAGCUGAACUGCAGUGUGCUGGACCAUGUAACGUGGCAGAGAGCUUGUGAUGGAGGGGACAGUAGUGACAGCAGGACCAGAGAAGCCACAGAGGCGGGUGAGGUUCCGUGUGGCUUCAGGGAACAGUGGCCGGGUCCUGAAGGAGAUGUUCAAGGAUGAGGGGCCCUCAGACUCCCUGGAUUCAGACUGCACCAGCAGCUCAGACGCCGAGCGGGCCAGCACCCCUUCUACAGCUGGAGACGUCCAGGGAAACCUGCACGGAUUCCUAGGCUCGGAGCUGGACGACGGCGAGAGUGAGCCUGAUGAGCUGCUCAUGUACGCCGGGGCCACCAAGGACUGGAUGUUCACCACCAAGAGGGUCAACAUUCUCAGCAAAAACGGGACAGUUCGAGGAGUCAAACACAAAGUCAGCGCAGGUCAGGCGCUCUUUGAGAACCUUCCUGACGGUGUCCAUUUACCACUCGAGUUUGGACGCAUAGUGAUCUACACCACAAGUUUCCGUGUGGUAAGGACCACUUUUGAGCGCUGCGAGCUGGUCAGGAAGAUCUUCCAAAACCACAGGGUGAAGUUUGUGGAGAAGAACAUCGCUCUGGACAGCGAGUACGGGAAGGAGCUGGAGGAGCGGUGCAGACGUGUCGGUGAAGCCCCCUCGCUGCCAGUCGUGUUCAUUGACGGACACUACCUUGGGGGUGCUGAGAAAAUACUUGGCAUGAACGAAUCAGGAGAGCUGCAAGAUCUACUGACAAAAAUUGAGAGGGUUCAGCAUCCCCAGACGUGCCAGACCUGCGGAGGCUUCGCCUUCAUCCCGUGCUCAAUGUGCCAUGGCAGCAAGAUGUCCGUGUUCCGCAACUGCUUUACGGACUCCUUCAAAGCCCUAAAGUGCACUUCCUGCAACGAGAACGGCCUGCAGCCCUGUGCUAGCUGCAGCUAGUGAGGACGGUGUGAUGCCUGGACCAAACAUCCCACUUCAGGACCAAAAACAAGAACCUGAAAUGGACAGCAACACUGCCAGUGAAACACAACCCAGCAGGAUUUUUUUUUCUCCAUGGCCAUUAUUAUUGUGAAAA